AAUUUACUUGAUGAAAGAUGGUGAAAACUUGAGUGAAUAUCUGAGGUGACGAGAGAGCAUAAUCCUGAACCUAAACAUCCAAGGUAUAUAUCGAGCUGGAAUGCGGCAUCCAUGAGUUUUAGCAGUCGAGCCGAAAGUUCACGGCGGCAUGAUAAGAUCCGAUACGUAACCUGGUUUUCUGGGCGGAUCCAAUUUUGAGAUAUCACGUGCAUUGGUGUCACAUCGCGCGUAGCUUCCAAUCGCGUCUCCUCCAGGCUGGGAGGCCAGUCUGGUUCAAGCUCAACUUUCAAGUCAAAAGUGACAAGACAUCUCAAACACCUUUCAACGAAACAGUAUUCGAGUGUCUGAGCCCUCUGUCCAGCUCUUGAAAAGACUUUUGCGAUUCUCAUAAUGGCCCGUACAUCUGCUGCCAAAAAGCGCGCUGCCGAUUCUGAUAGUGAGCCCGAGACUGCUUCCAAAAGAGUCAAGAGUGGAACAUCAGUUGAGUCGGAUGGUAAAGAUGAUGAUGGAAAUCCAUACUGGGAGCUCUCAAACAAGCGCCGUGUUGGUGUGUCAGACUUCAGCAAGAAAACCUUUGUCAAUAUUCGAGAGUACUAUGAUAAGGAUGGCAAGACUUUACCUGGCAAGAAGGGUAUUUCGCUUUCCAUCGAGCAGUACAAUGCUUUUCUUAAGGCUGUUCCACACAUCAAUGCUGCUCUUCGCGCCAAGGGUCUCGUAGUUGAGGGUGACAUUGCAGACAAGCCUGAUACUGCUCUGAUUCCAGCUGCCAAGGUUAAGAAAGAGCGAAAGAAGUCACCGAAGGCGAACAUUGAGACCACCAGCGAGGAAGAGGACUAGAGCGGCUAUCUGACUUUUUCUUGUCGAAUUUUCUUUCCAACAUCUUUUCGCCCACGAGCUCGGCUUGUGUUAGCACUAUGUAUACCACGCAUGGAGUUUUUUGGAGUCACGGCCAUCACGCGCUUGGGGCCCAAGCUGUGAUUUGUGCAUGGGAUCACCUCCUGGCUCUAUGUCAGAAUGAUAGAUUUCAGCAAAGUAACGAGAGUGAUAGUAAUAUGAUCAAGAUUAAUGGCGCUGACACGAAAUCCAGAAUGGACCUAAUGUGUAAUCAUAUCGGACCUAUUAUGAAGAACAUCAUGCAAACAAG